UUUCUUCAGCCAGCCAUAUUGCAAGUUUGGAAUGAGCAUCAGCAGUGCUAUUUGGACAGUGUGAUUCAAGAAAAUAGGGAAAUUGUAUUGGGAGGAGAUGGACGUGCAGAUACCCCAGGCCACUCUGCAAAGUAUGGCAGCUACACGAUGAUGGAUUUAGAUGAAUCCAGAGUAGUCGACGUGCAAUUGGUUCAGAGUAACGAAGUCAAAAGUAGCUACCACAUGGAAAAAGAAGGGUUGAUCAGAAGUGUGAAGACCUUCAGUGAUGCUGGAAUUACUAUACAGAAGAUUGUUACAGAUCGUCAUGUACAAAUUUUGAAAUGGGUCAGGGAAAAUAUGCCUAAAACAAAACACUGUGUAGAUAUCUGGCAUGUAGCAAAGGGAUUAAAGAAAAAACUGACAGCAAUAUCCAAGGAUAAAGAUUGUGAUGCCUUAACACCUUGGAUAAAGAGUAUCAGCAACCACCUUUAUUGGGUAGCUGCAUCAACUCCGUCUGCAGAUCCUUCCCUAAUGAUGGAAAAGUGGCAGAGUGUAGCAAACCAUGUACAAAACAUACAUGAAGGUCAUGGAUCUCUGUUUGAGAAGUGUUGUCAUGGUGACCUGUCCGGUAGAGAAAGGCAGAAGAAAUGGAUUAAACCAGCAACCAAGGUUAGUGAAAGACUAGAUGAUGUCAUUCUCUCCAACCAGAUGAAGAAAGACAUUCCUAUGUUGUCCACAGGACAACAGACUUCCAGCAUAGAGGCAUACCAUUCUGUCAUAAAUCAUUUUGCACCAAAAAUGAUUGGGUUUUCAUAUCAUGGGAUGAUAUGUAGGUUGCAGUUAGCAGCCCUUCACUUUAAUGAAAACCGCUCCAAAUUACAAGCAGUCGAUAAAGACGGUGUGUUGCGUUACCGCUUGGAAUUUCCCAAAUAUAAAAAAGGAGAACAUAUCGUCAGGAAAGUCAAAGUUCAUAGCACCUUUGAUUACGUGGAAAAUCUUACAGAAGUUGUCAUGAGCAUGGCAGAAAGAUCUUCACUAGCAAAGCAACGAAUUCCUAUUCCACCCACAGUUCCUCCACCGUUGUGUCAUGACUUUCUUCACCCAGAUAUGUCGGAUGCCAUAGCAGGAAUGCAUUCAAGAUUUUCUAUGAACUUUUGAACUUAAUUUUUGAAGUGAAUACUUACCCUGCCGGUACAAACGUACCACUUUGAUUUAUGAUGCUAAUUUUUUUCUGAAAUCCACAUAUCUA